AUGGCUGAAGAGAAGAAACAUCACUUUGGUGGUCUCUUCCACCACCACAAGAACGAGGAGGAAGACACCCCCGUUGAGAAAACUACAUAUGAAGAAACAACCUAUGGAGAGAGUGAAAAAACUAGCACCUAUGGUGAGAAAACUAGUUAUGGUGAUGAUACAUAUGGCGAAAAAACUACCACAUUCGGAGAUGACAACAAAUAUGGUGAGAAAACUAGUUAUGGUGAUGAUACAUAUGGUGAAAAACCUACCUCCUACGGAGGAGAUAAUACAUAUGGUGAGAAAACAAGUUAUGGUAAGGGAGAUGACAACAAGUAUGGAGAGAAAACUAGUUAUGGUGAGGGAGAUGACAACAAGUAUGGAGAGAAAACUAGUUAUGGAGAUAGCGGAUACGGAGAGAAACCUAGUUAUGGUGGGGGAGAUGACAACAAAUAUGGUGAGAAAACAAGUUAUGGUAAUGAGGAAGGUGGCUAUGGUGGAGGAGUUGGUGAGACUACUAAUUAUGAAGAGAAUGAAAGUGAAACCAAAACUUCUGAGGAUUAUAAGGAAGAGAAGAAACACCACAAGCAUCUUGAAGAAAUUGGGGGACUCGGAGCUGUUGCUGCUGGUGCCUUUGCUUUGCAUGAGAAGCACAAGGCAGAGAAAGACCCAGAGAAUGCACACAAGCACAAGAUAGAGGAAGAAAUAGCAGCCGUUGCUGCAAUUGGUGCUGGUGGAUUUGCAUUCCAUGAACAUCAUGAGAAGAAGGAAGCAAAGGAAGAAGAGGAGGAAGCUGAGGGAAAGAAGAAGCAUCAUUUCUUCAAUUAAUUCUCCUAUCAUAAUAUAUUUACCUCUCUUUGUUGUGUGCUGAUCAAUCUAUCCUUUAAUUAAUACUCAGCACCUAAAUAAUUUGUAUGUGUGUUACAGUACUCUUGUGUUUGAUGUAAGCGUUACUUGAUCAAUUUGGCGUUUUAAGUCACCUACAUGUUGUAGUACUUUGCAUGAGUGUGAAUAAUACUAUUACGUAUAUUGUUUUUCUUAAAA